AUGGCAGAUGAAACAGAGCCUGGUGUAGACAGUGGUACUACUGCAUGUGUUGCAGUCCUUGUCCCGGUUAAAGGAGCUGUUCGUCUGUAUGUUGCUAAUGCUGGAGAUUCACGAGCUGUACUCUGUCGUGGUGGUGCUGCUGUCGACUUAUCAGUUGAUCAUAAACCGGAGGAUGAAGAUGAAAAAGCCCGAAUAAUUGCAGCUGGUGGAACUGUUACCCGAGAUGGUCGUGUAAAUGGUGGUUUGAAUCUCAGUCGAGCACUUGGUGAUCAUAGUUACAAGCAAACACCAAAUAUUCCCUUGACUGAUCAAAUGAUCACUCCAUCACCAGACGUUACAGAGAUUGAUCUUAUCCCAUCAGCUGAUGAAUUCCUAGUGAUCGCAUGUGAUGGUGUAUGGAAUUCAAUGACUAGUCAAGAGGUUGUAGAAUUCAUUCAGGAUCGUUUACAUCCUCCGCCUCAUCCUCUUACUGCUACUGCUACUAAGGCAAACAAUAAAAAUAAUACGAAAAGUCAUUCGAAGGAUGCUGGUGAGGAGAAUGGCGAUGCCACUGAACAAUUGACUUCAGCUGAUAAAUUGUCAAAGAUUUGCCAUGAGAUAUUUGAUCAUUGCUUAGCGCCAAACACAGACGGUGAUGGAACUGGUUGUGAUAAUAUGACCUGUAUUAUAGUUCAUUUUGAUGAUCUACCUGGAUGGGUUGAGCAUUGUGAGAAAAACUCUGCCGCUGCCGGUGCCGCCACCGAUGCCUCUACUGUUGCUGUUGAGAAUAACACAGUGUUGUCGACAGUUAAAUCACCUCGAAAACGUUUAACAUCAUCAUCAACAUCUUGUGAAGUUGUUGAAGAAGACAACAAGACUAUUAUUACUACUACUAAUAACGGCGAUACAAACGGUGGAACAAAUCCUGUUAGCCUAUCAUCAUCUCCUAGUCAAACAAUGCCUAAACGCCCUCGAUUAGAAUUUUCCAACUCUAAGGAUGAUACAGAUUCUACGAUUACUACAAAUGGAACUGAUAAUACUGGUGUUAUCAAUGCUACUGCUGUUGUCAGUGAAUAAUUGUCUGCUGCUUGGUUGUUUGUUUGUUUGUUUUUCAAACGUUGCACUCACUUAAUCAAUAAUUAUUACCGAGAAAAAACAAACAAACAAACCAACACUGAGUAGUACUCGUUUCUAGUUCUCUUCUGUUGUGUUUCAUGUGUUGUUUGUAUUUUUUUUUGCAGAAAAAUAUUUUUUUUUUAAAUUGUUCAAUCCUCUUGUUUA